AUGCUCGACAUGGCUGUGGGGACACAUUCCUGUGAGAAAUGGUCGGAGUUGCAGCUGGGCCUGACGUUCUUCUCUGACCGGAGGAGGUCGAAGGCGGAAAAGGCGGAGCUGCUUCUCCACCGCUUCGAGGCUUUGCGGCAGCUGCGUCACCCGAGUCUGUGCCGCUACUUGGAAAUCCUGGUGGGUCAUGGCUUGGUCUUCAUCGCUAGUGAGCACCGCUCGCUGACCCUAGCUUCCGUCUUGAGUCGGGCUGCAAAGGGCCUGCAACAGACUGUUGCGAGGAGUAUUGUCGCCCAGGUUGUGCAGGGGCUUUGCCACCUCAACUCGCACGCCUUGGUCCAUGGACAUCUAGACGCUGAAGCAGUCUUGUUCGACGAAGGGUCCAUUGAUGAUGAGAACCUUGCCCACUGCAGAGUCCUCCUCACCGGCCAUGGGCUGGGGCACCUUCUGGCUUACGGGCGAAUGGCAAGCUGCUACCCAUUGGCUCCGGAGGACCCCUGCUGCCUGGCUCCUGAAGUAGCCCGAGCAUGCGCUUCCACAAUCUCACCAGUGUCGCCGGUGAGCGAAGGCCCAAGCUGCCAGCCAGAUGUUUGGGGCCUCGGCGUGGUAUUGUUGCAGAUGCUGCAGGGUCGAUGGCAAGAUUGGCUGGUCACGGAAGGAAUCGACAGCACGCCGCAGCUUUGCCACAUCGUCGCCGUGGAGACGUCUGUGGAGCUUUGGGGCACAUCUCUUAGUGGUGCAACCUCUGGCAUCACGCUGCGGAAUCUGCUCAAAAGCCGUCAGAUCGCGCCUCUGCGCGCCGAGCCCCGCGUGCUGCGAGCUGGAGGCGUGAGCAGUGAGGAUGGAUCAACCCUUGAAGCUCUCCAGGCCUCGUAUCACAAGUGGCUGAUGGCAGACGGGAUGCUGUGCGAUGCUGACCUUCAUGACUUGAUUGAGGCAUGCCUGAUUCUGAAUCCAUCCCAUCGGCCACGCCCUCAAGAUUUGGCGUCGCAUUCGAGCCUCUCGAAGCACAAGGUGGAGGACUCGCAGUGUUGGAAACGCAAAACUGCCUUGGAGUCGGCAGCUGUAGAAGCCCACAGCGACAGCACUUGGGCUGCGCAGACGUCGGCAGCUUUGGCUUUGCACCAAAUGCUCGUGCCACCCAUGCGCUACCUGUCCAGCAUCGGCAUGCGCAUGGAGCACCUGUACUACUGGUGGAGCCUUGCUGGUGGCGAUGUGUUUUCGCUGGUUGCCGGGCGACUUCUUGUGCGACCAGCGCCAGCAAUUUUGCAGCUACCGCUCGUGGUCCGUGACGAUGACAGUAGCCGUGGGACCGUGCAUGAGUUCAUGUCUGAACCAGAUUCGCGGUCAGUGCCAGGAGUGGAGAAGCCGGUUGCAACAGAGGAAGGGAUGCAGUUCUGGGAUCCUCCAUGCAGAGCAAAGCCCAAAGUCAUCGGCAUUUGCUUGCAGUCUCUCUGCCGUGCAUGUGGCGAAGCUGAUCGUCACGGCCUGGACAAUCUCAGCCUUCGGCCGGAAUCUCUCUACGACCGUGAGCAGCACUUUGGCUACCAGUGGCUUCGUGUGCGACGUUUUCGCCGUCUCCUGGCAGGGACCAGUCGUACGGAGCUUUUUCGCGAAGCCAGCGAGGACAUUCCGCCUAUUCUCCGCGCACAAGUAUGGUCCGCUGUAUUGGGGGGCGCUCCCUCAUCUGUGGACCAAGCUUGCUGGGCACCCUUCUACGAGAAUCUACUCGCUGCACCCAUGAAGAGCCGAGAUCAAGUUGGUGCGCAUCUACUGGGCCAUCGCGGAAAUUCGAGUGCAUUGGUUGCCUCCCCUGUGGAGGAGGAUGCCUUGCAAGCAGCCAUGACCUGCAUUCCAGGCUGGCUGGAUGAGCACCAGGGCCACCAGGGCCUGAGAAGAGGUGAAUCGCAAAGCCUGGGUUCUGCUACCAUGCGCCUCGAGCGCAUUGUCCGUGCCGUGCUAGCGGCCAAUCCCUCGCUGCACUGUCCGGCAGGUCUCGGGGCGCUGUGUGAGCCGCUUGCGGCGGUCUUCGGUGCUCAGGAGGCCGCCGCCUUUCUGGCCGCGCAGCGGGUGCUUCAUGGAUUCCUUUGGCCGCUUUUCGGUCGAGAUGGCAAGACCCAGCGCAGGCACUACCUGCAACUCUUCGGAGCCUUGCUGGGCUUUGCAGAUCCCAUUCUGGCACUGCACUUGCAGGAGUUGGGCAUGGAACCUGAGGCCUAUGCCAGCGAUUGGUUCUCGACCUGGUUCUCUCAGCUUCUCCCACGAGCCCAGGCGGUGCGGCUCUGGGAUUCUUUGCUGCUGCGGCCGCCGCAAUUCGCGCUUUUCAUUGGGGUUUGCUUGGUGCACUUCUUCCGGCUCUCCCUUCUGGCGCUGGAGGAAGCCUCCCAUGUGGCCAACUUCCUGGCCAGCUGUGCUCAGCUCGUUGACUGCCAAGUGCUGGUCUCCUCUGCGCUUGCUCUCUUUCAGGCCACGCCCGCCUCUGUCACCCUGCCGGUGUUUCCACGGCAUUCUGCAGGUGAGGCACUUCUGUGGGAGCAUGGCUCUACUGCCAUGACGGCUUCAGAUCCUGACUGGGGACAUCUCGAUUCAAUUCUCGCGGAACCAUGCUCUGAUCCAAAGUUUGAUCCAGGCGGUGCUGAGGACGAGAUACCUCCGCACCAACAACUUCUGCAGCAUGCCACAGAGCAGUGGCGCCAAUGCGAAUGGUGGCGGCAGAAAGUCAACAACAGCCCAACUCCUCCGAUCAUCACCGUGGAUGAUCUCCUCAGCUUCCGAAGCUGCUGCCACGUGCUCGAUGCACGUUCCGGGGAGGAUUUUGCUGAGUGCCACUUCCAAUCGAGCAUCCACGUCAAGGACGCAGACGCUUUGGACUUGCUGCCGAAACUGCCACAGGAAGUAGUGAUGCUUGGCCGACAGAUGAGCCAACGAGCAAGACCCACAUGUCCCCAGAGGAUUUUGCCACGCCGUUGCCAUGUUUACUUGCAUGCUCCUGCACAUCUGCUUUGUGCGCCACGUGGCUGA